ACGCCGUUACGACGGGUCCAGUGGCACCGUGCGUAGGCGCGGAUAAGAGGUUGGCAGCGGUGUGAUGUCCAAGCCAGUGUCCAAGCCGUCGAAGAUGUCGCACACUUCAGGUGUCCGGGAAGAAGUCGCGGAUGAGAAAGCUGUUCCCAGAGCUGUUCCCACUUCCUCAACUUCUGCCGAUCCCGCACCACCGGCCCGUCCCCCCACACCACACAACACCCCACACCACCUUCACACAUACAUACUACCCACAGGAGCGACAGAAAAGGAAAAAUGUCUGAAAUCACAACCCUCUCCAUCCCAGCGCCCGACGAUUUCCACGUGCAUCUCCGUCAAGGCGCCCUCAUGCGGGCCGUGACGCCGCUCAUUCGGGACAGCGGGAUCGCUACGGCGUAUGUUAUGCCGAAUUUGAAACCGCCAGUGACGACGACGGAGCAGGCGCUGGCGUACAAGAAGCAGCUGGAGGAGCUUGCGCCGGGGGUCAAUUUCCUCAUGACGCUGUACUUGUCGCCGGAGCUUACCCCGGAGGAGAUCAAGAAGGCUGCUAAGGCUGGGAUUGCCGGUGUGAAAUCCUACCCCCGCGGCGUCACAACCAACAGCGACAGCGGCAUCGAAUCCUACGAAACCUACUACCCCGUCUUCCGCGCCAUGGAAGAAUCCGACAUGGUCCUCAACCUCCACGGCGAAGUCCCCAGCGACCCCAGCUCCGACAUCUGCAUCAUGAACGCGGAAGAGAAAUUCCUCACCCACCUCCGUACCCUGCACGCGGCGUUCCCCAAGCUGCGGAUCGUGCUGGAACACGCCACCACGCAGGCGGCGGUCGAGACGGUGAAAUCGUUGGGGGACACGGUGGCGUGCACGAUCACCGUGCACCACCUCACGCUGACCGUGGACGACUGGGCGGGCCAGGCACACCAUUUCUGUAAACCCGUUGCAAAGUUCCCCCAUGACCGCGCGGCAUUGCGCGGGGUGAUCAGGGAAGCCCACCCGCGCUUCUUCCUGGGCACGGACUCGGCGCCGCAUCCGCGAAAGAACAAAGAGGCCGCCGGCACCGCCGUCGCCGGCGUGUUCACCGGCACCCCGCUGCUGCUCCCGUACCUCGCAUCUGUGUUGGAGGAGUUUGGCGCGCUGGAGAGGCUGGAGGGCUUCGUGAGCGGGUUUGGGAGACGGUUUUAUAAGUUGGAAGAGAGGCAUCCGGCGCCUGUUGCGACGCGCGCGGUGAUUCGGCUGAAGAGGAGCGAGGUGGUCGUACCGCAAGAGUAUGGGUUUGUGGAUGACGAGGGGGAGAAGAGCUCGGUGGUGCCGUUUUUGGCGGGGAAGACGUUGCGGUGGUCGUUGGCUUGAGGCGCGCGAUGGAAAUACAGUACUACUCUGUGCGUCGUCCUCUCAAAUGCAUCUUAAUGACCCACCACCUGAGGCCGCUGCGAAGCGAGUGCGAUGUGGGAGUUGGUUCAUUCCCGGUAUGGGAUGGGACGGGUCAGAGUCCUCCACCGCCACGCCUGCUACACACGAUUAUGUGCAAUAAGUGCUAUAUAAGCAAAAGCUGAAGG